UACUAGUUAAUUGUAUUCAUAAUUUUUAUAAUAAGCAUAACAUAAAUAAUAAUAAUUUAAAGAAAAUAAUACCCUAACCCUUAAUAAAAUGAAAGCGCUAAACAAAUCAGGAAACAAUGAAACAAACAGGGCAAACCUCACCCCCCAUUUCAAACUCAUACACAAAAUUUCAAACUCAAACCAGGAAUCGAUGAAUGAAAUACCUUUCCGAUGCGGUCGUCUCUUUGAUCUUAAAACGGGUUUGAUCUUAAAACGGGUUUGAAUAUCUUUAUGGGUUUGAUGGAUCUGAGUUUGCUGAAUGGGUUUGAUGGAUCUGUUUGCUAUGGGAUCUUCACAAGGUAUAAAAGAUAAAGGAUGGGUCUUUGCAAGAGGAUGGGUCUUUGCAAGUUGUUUGUGAGCAAUUGUUUUUUUUGAGUGAUGCUGGGUUGAAAGGAAACUUUGUUGAAAGGAAACGUGUGGCCAGUGUGAACGAAAGGAAGUGGCCUGAACGAAAGGAAGUGGCCAGUGUGAACGAAGUGUGCCCAGAACUGAAGGAAACGUGUGCCAGCAAUGCAAUGUAGUAGAGAACCAUGACCACAAACAAAUUCUAAUGACAUAGGUGCUUUCAGACCAGCCAUUUUCCAGUCACAACCAAUAUUAGGAGGGCAUCAAGUUCAGUGAUGGACCAGCCUAGUCAAAAUGUACCUACUCAAAAUAUCAACAAUUAUGAAUAUGGUACAGUAGCAACAAUAACAAAUGUUGCUGGACCUUUAUUGGAUAAUACCCAAGAAACAAAGAAGAGAAAACCUAAUGCAAGUGGGCUUAGGCAGUCAUCAAACUGCUGGGAACAUUUCAACAGAGUACCUGAUUGUGAUGUUAAUACUGCAACGUGUAAACACCGCCACAACAGGUAUUUGUGUGACUUUAAAUCUCAUGGUACCACUAACAUGAACAAACACGUUAAUAAAUGUCUCAAAAAACCACUUCUCGUGUUAAGUGACCCUAACCAAACAAUUCUUAUAUUUCCAUCUGUUGAGGGAUCUGGUUUAGUUCCAACUAGUAGUAGAUUUAACCUUCAAACUUGUCGUAGGGCAGUGUCUGUUUUUGUGGUGUUAGAUGAACAACCAUUUAAGGCGAUUGAGGGUGAAGGAUUUAAAUACUUGUGUAAAACAUUGCAGCCUCAAUUUACCAUUCCAUCUAGGCGUACAAUAGCUAGAGAUUGCUUUCAGUUGUAUUUGGAUGAAAAACUUAAGUUGAAAGCUUUCUUUAAGUCUGAUUGCAAUAGGGUGGCUCUUACUAUUGACUGUUGGACAUCAAUUCAAAAUCUUAAUUACUUGACUCUUACAUCACAUUUUGUGGAUAACGAAUGGAAUUAUCAAAAAAGAAUAAUUAGUUUCACAAUUAUCCCAAACCACAAGGGUGUAACCGUAGGUAAAAAGAUAGAAGAAGUUUUAAAGGAUUGGAGAAUUCAAAAUGUGUCAUCAAUAACAGUUGAUAAUGCAUCAUCUAAUGAUGUAGUAGUGACACUUUUGAAGAAAAAAGUUAAAAAUAUGAAUGGGUUGAUGGGAGAUGGUGAAUUUUUCCACAUGAGGUGUUGUGCACAUAUUUUAAAUUUAGUUGUAAAUGACGGUUUGACAGAGAAACACUUGUCCAUCUCUACCAUUAGGAAUGUUGUUAGGUUUGUUAAGCCAUCACCUCAUAGGGCUGCCAAGUUUAAGGAAUGUAUAGAAAUUGCUAGAAUUUCUUGUAAAAAAUUGGUUUCUCUUGAUGUUUCCACUCAAUGGAACUCAACUUACUUGAUGUUGGAGGCUGCUGAGAAGUUUCAAGUAGCCUUUGAAAAACUUGAAGAAGAGGAUUCUAGUUACAAGGAUUUUUUUGGAGACGCUGGUCCCCCAAGUAGUUUUGAUUGGGAUAUUGCUCAGGCUUUUGCAAGUUUUUUGAAGUUAUUUUAUGAGGCAACAAGGGUGUUUUCUAUCUCACAACAUGUGAGUAUUCAUACAACUUUUCACCAAAUGUCUGCAAUCUAUUGUGGACUAGAUUUUGCUUCUUUAAAUUUAAAUACUGUUUUUGCUAAUGUGGGUGUGGAUAUGAUGGAAAAAUAUGAAAAGUAUUGGGGAAACGUAAAAAAAUAAAUCAGCUGCUGUAUUUUGGGGUAAUUUUUGAUCCGCGUUACAAGUUAAAAUAUGUUGAAUCGUCUUUUAAGGAUAUGUAUGCAACUAAAGAAACAUUUGCUAAAGAGUUGCUCAUAUCUAUAAAAGAAAAUUUAACUAAUUUGUAUAAUUGGUAUAAGAAGGCUUAUGACCUAAAAAAUAAUUCAUCUCAACCAAAUCCAAAUGCUGGUGAAAAUGUUUCUAAUGAUGAAACAUUUGUUGUUGCUGCCAAUCUUUCUCAACUGGCAAGGGCACAAGCAUUUGAAGCCCAUUUAAAAGAAAAAGAUGCAAUUGGCCAACAAAAUGAGCUCGAGGGGCAUCUUGCUAGUAAAUGUGCAAAAAUGAGUGAUAAAUUUGAUAUCCUAUCUUGGUGGAAACAUAAUUCAGCUCAGUACCCAUUUUUAUCCUUAAUAGCUAAAGAUAUUCUAGCCAUACCGGUCUCCACGGUUGCGUCUUCAACACUGGGGGUAGAGUAAUAGAAACCUUCCAGAGCUCUCUAAAACCAGAAAUGGCAGAGGCAUUAAUUUGUACUCAAAAUUGGUUGAAACCUUCCUUCACCUAUUUCAAAGACUUGAAUCUCAUGGAAGAUGUCGAACUUUCUGAAGAAACUAUAGCAGAGUUCCAAGGUAUGUCACUAGGAAAUGCAGCUUCAGGUGGCUCAUCAUCACAGCCACAAGCACAACCAUCUGGUUGUGCUUGAUUAAAAUCGAUAGAGCAGGAGAGAUACAUACCUUCAGAUUCUAGACUCAUUAUUAUGGUCAAAGGAAGAGCACCUUGUAGACCUGAGCAAAUACAUUACAGGUGUUUCCAAUUCAAAUUAAUCUGCAUUAUCUUGAUGCUUGAUGUGCCAUUGUUAUUAUUGAUUUAUGCUUGAUGUGGUUCAAUUCCAAGCUAUUUCAACAAUUGUGGUAGCAAGUUGUAUAAUCAUUCAUUAAGCAUGGAGGAGAAAAGAUGUGCAACAAAGAUUACAAGCUGAUGAUAAAAUUUGUUUGGUUAAAUUACAUUCGUGGUCCUUUAACUUAAUUUAAGGUAACGUUUUAGUCCUUUAUCUUUUUUUUUUUCCCGA